AUGUUCGCAUUGCUAUUGAUCUUGGCUUGCUGCCAGCAGUGGAGUUGGCCCGCUGAGAGUGCUGCCAUUAAUGAACCAGUGCCAAUCCUCAAAUCGGUGGCCAAACAACUCAGCUCGGGCACCUACUUAUUUAUGUACGAGAGCGCCGAUGGAAGUUAUCGCGAGGAGCUGGGCCUUGUGGAUUCCGAUACAAUUCCUGCCGAUGGCAGUCUGAAGGUUUCCGGUGUUUAUGGUUAUAUCGAUGACUGGGGUCAGGAGCUGCAGGUCAGAUAUAAGGCGAACCAGAAUGGCUUCUUGCCACAUGUGAGGUACGUUUCCGUGGGGAAUGCUAUAAACAAAUCGCCAUAG